UACUUGAGGUCUUUGAACUAACCAUAGCAAUAUUUUUAUCACGUAAUACCAUCCAUAAAUGAGUAGCAAAUGGAAUAGCCUAGACAAAUCUAGGAAAACUGUAUUUUUAUUUUAUAUUGUGUAUUAAUGUGAAAAAUGGCGCGACGUCUCACUACUAAAGAUAAGAUUAAAUCAUUAUUAAGAGUUACCAGUAGUGCAGCCACAAUAUUUACUGGUGUAUGCCUUUACCAGGGCAAUGAAAGAUUUUAUGAUGAAAUUGCUAUGCCAUUGAUUCGAUUAUCGGAUCCUGAAGUGGCUCACAAAUUUGCUAUAAAUGCUAUUCAAUGGGGUUUUAGGGGAGCGCCAAAAUUGGAGGAUUCCACAAUUUUAAAAUCUAGUUUAUGGGGAAUAGAUUUUGAAAAUCCUUUGGGAAUGGCAGCUGGCUUUGACAAACAAGGAGAGGCUGUGAAAGGAUUGCAUGAAAUGGGUUUCAGCUUUGUUGAGAUUGGUAAUCGUUGGUCAAUUACACCAAAACCUCAGCCUGGGAAUCCUAAACCAAGAGUAUUCCGCCUUAAAGAGGAUAAUGCUAUUAUAAAUCGAUAUGGAUUUAAUAGUGAUGGACAUGAAUCAGUAUGGAAACGUUUAAAAGCUGUAAGAAAUGAUCCUCAUUUUGUUGGAGUUAUUGGUGUAAAUCUAGGAAAAAACAAACUGUCAGUUGAUCCUACUAAGGAUUACACUGAUGGCAUUGAGAAAUUUAACGAUGUUGCUGAUUAUUUUGUAAUCAAUGUAUCCAGUCCAAAUACACCAGGAUUGAGGGACUUGCAAAAUAAGAAAAAUCUAGAGCAUUUAUUAAUCAAAGUAAAUGAAACCAGGCAGUCUCUCCAUAGAAAAAUACCAUUAUUAUUAAAAUUAGCUCCAGAUUUAACUGAUAGUGAAAGACAAGAUGUUGCUGAUGUUGUACAGAAUUCAAAGUCUAAAGUGGAUGGGCUUAUAAUAUCUAAUACUACCAUUGAACGAAAAAAUCUUAAAACUCUUCACCAAGGGGAAACUGGUGGGCUAAGUGGUGCUCCGCUAACAGAAAUCUCAACAAUGAUGAUAGCUGACAUGUAUAAAAGGACACAUGGUUCAAUUCCAAUAAUUGGGGUUGGGGGUAUUUUCUCAGGGAGUGAUGCAUAUGAUAAAAUCAAGGCUGGUGCAUCCCUAAUACAAAUUUAUACAUCAUUUAUAUAUCAAGGACCACCAGUGAUUAGCCGCAUAAAAAGAGAAUUAAGUGAAUUAAUCGAGAAAGAUGGAUUUACAUGCAUCUCCGAUGCCAUUGGUAAGAAUUCGAGUAUCAAACAAAUUUUAAAGUAACUACAAUUAAUUACUUCAUGAAAGUAACAUAAACUGCAUUCGUACAAAAAUGAAAUAAAAUAUUUAUAAUUUUAUAAAUAAGUAAAUGCUCAUGUAUUAUUAUGUAAUUAUUUCCUCAUAAGUAUUAAUGAUACUACAAAUUUUACGUUUACUAUUAUUAAAUGAAUAACAUUUCAUUAAAGCUACACUUGAACUUUU